GGCUACGAACUGAAAGAAAAAAAAUAAUUUGUUAGAAUAAUUUCAAAUUUCGCUCUAACGUUCAAACUUAAAAAUUGGACAUAGAUGUUUGUAAAACAAGAGCCGUAUCGAUCCUCUACCCACCUUGAAGGCCAUUGUUGAAUAGACUCGGUUUGUUUGGAUCGACUAAGCGACUGAUGAUGUCCAACGUUGAUUCCCGCUGGUUUAUAUACUCGAGUUCGCACGGUUACUCUUUCCCCCACUAUUACUUUCGGCCUACCAAACUUUGAAAGUUCGGCAAAGUUAAUAUCGACUGAAGUCAACCACACUUGAACUUGGUUAGUUCAAAUCUCUUAUGAUCUAUGUACUUGUAUAUAUUAUUUUCGAAAGCAUUAAAAAUCUAUGGAUGUCUAAAAAAUUAGUAUAAUCUUCUAAUGUCCUAUGAGUUUAUAUUGUUCUUUAUCGAUGAAAUGAUCAUUGAUAAUUAGUUGAAGUAUCUUCUAAAUAGAAAAUAUAGACAUAUUAUAAUAAAAAAAAAACUUGUAGAUAAUUCGAUAUCUUUAAAAAACAUUGAAAAAUAUUAGACAUUAACUUAUAUUUUUAAUUUUUCACGUUUUCUGCAAUAGAUUCUGUUUUAAUUCUACAUAAUUUAUAUCGAAAUAGGAAUUUCAUCAAAAAUGAAAAGAUUAAAAUUAUAUUAUAUAACACUGAAAUUUUAUACUAACUAUUUUAUAAUUUGUAACAUAGUUUUCUUAACUUAUUAUGAAAAUGCACAUAUUAAAAAACGCAACAUAUUUCCAUAAAAAAUUACAAAUUUUGUAGAACAAAUAAAUAAAAAAUACAGUGUUAUAUAUUAUAAUAUUACGGUAUUAUUUCUUUCUAAUUUCUUUGCAUUUGACAGCAAAAAAAUCAAAAGGAUAUCCAUUCUUUGUCUCUCACUAAGUUUCAAGUCUGGUGCCACGUAUCAAAAAUCGUGAACGAUGGUGCGUCGCGAAAGUUUCGAAGGAAACGUGUCAGCCAGUAUGUCCUGAACAGCGAACUACUUCUUCGAUUGCGUCAUAUCUAACGUUACAGCCGGCGGGACCACGAGAAAUAAGUGGAGCACUUUCAUAAAGAAAAGAUAGGUGGGCUGCCGAAUCAGUGGUACGCCCCGAUCGAUUGACAGCCCGUGGCAAUCGAAAAUCGUAUCGUACCAAUCGAAAAUCAAGAUUUUGCUGGUUCACCGUCUUUUGUCAUAGCAAUACGCCCAGGAAGAUUCAAGAAACUUUGAUCUUAAUGCGAGGAGAUAGUUUUAGAUCCAUUUAGAUCACAUUACGUUCUUUCUAUAUCCGCAUAUGUUAAAUCGGAUAAGCAUGCAUGACUUUCUUUUUUCUUACGAGUAUCGCAACGAACAAAUAAGAAUUUGAUCAAAUUUUUAAAAAAUUCGUAAAGAAUGAUAUGUAACAGGUAUGACAAUAUAUCCAUAUAUGGAUCCGGAUCCACUUCGAUCGAGUCCUUUGUCCUAUGCUUUUUUUCUGUUUUGCAUUAAUUAAAAAAAGAGCAGACGGCUUUGAUUUUACCAAGUAUGGGGAUACUCAAGGUCGAAGAAGGAAGUUUAUGGGCCACUAACCGACGACGAGCCAUAUACCGGAUAUACUUCGUUACAGUUAAAUACCAAAGCAUCAUUGCUUUUAACUCAUCUAAUAGAAUAGAUUGUAGCUACGUAUUGCAUCUAAAGUAUAUAUCUGGAGAUUUCAAUGAGUGCAAUUGCAAAGGAAAUGAACAUUUCAUCAAAGUUUCUCCGAUAAACAACUUGUAUGAAGGAGAAAGUGGAAUGUAGAACAUGUUACGAGGGUAAAAAGAAAUGACAGAUAGUUUGAAAGUAGGGUCAAAAUGGAAAGACAAAGGAUAGAUUGGUAAAUGGAUACCUUGAUAAACGGAUUGAAUGACAAGGUCAGAAAGAAAGGCGAGACUUGGCAGAGAAGUCUACGGUAUAAUUAAGUAACUUGUAGCAAGGACGUGGCCCAGUCCGAAACGAUGGUUCCUCCAUGGUGCCGAUGAUCCAACGAUCACCGGCUGGUCGUGCAUUGGGCGUGGUCUGAUUUCUUGCUCAAUUUCGCGUUGCUCCGUGGCCGCGAAUCGGUUGACCGUCGUAAGAACCGUCACCCGGUUACGUCAGCAGCCCCGUGAGCCCUGCUCCGUCGAGUAUAAAAGCCGAAAACCAUCCAUCCAUAGCAUCAUUCGCAUCACAAACUACCAGAUCGACAGAUCUACCAAUCCACUCGAAGAACAAUGGCCUUCAAGUUCGUAGCCUUCGCCACCCUCGUGGCCGCCGCUAAUGCUGGUUUGAUCCCAGCCUCCCCUGUAGCUUAUGCUACGGCUCCAGUAGCUGCAGUGGCUCCAGUAGCUGCAGUGGCUCCAGUAGCUAAAGCUGUAGUAGCCAAAGCCGUUGAUGCUGACUACGAUCCGCAUCCCCAAUAUAGCUACGCUUACGAUGUGCACGACAGUCUAACUGGUGAUGCUAAGAACCAACAGGAGACUCGUGACGGCGAUGUCGUUCAGGGUAGCUACUCUCUUCUCGAAGCUGAUGGCUCCAGACGCACCGUUGACUAUACCGCUGAUCCUGUAAAUGGAUUCAAUGCCGUUGUACGCAAAGAACCCGCUACCGUCGCCGUUAAAGCCGUAGCUGCUGCUCCAGUAGCUCACGUUGCAACCCCAAUCGCCCACGCCGCUCCUCUGACUUACGCCACACACGUCACAGCUCCCGUUGCUCAUACUGCUCCCCUUGCUUACGCCGCACCAGUAUCCAAACUCGCUGCAGCCCCCGUCGCCCAUGUUGCUCCUCUCGCUUAUGCCGCACCUGUCGCCAAAUUCGCCGCUCCUCUCACUUACGCCGCACCCGUAGCCAAACUUGCAACCCCCGUCACGUACGCACAAGCAGCCCCGGCCUACUAUCAUUGAACUGAUCUCUGAACUCAUCUCUUGUUAGGAACAAUGUUUGAUCAAUAAAUUUGUUUUUUUUAGCAACUAUAUAAAAAAAUUGCCUUUCUCUUUAGAUCUUUGUAUUGCCUCUUUACUUUAUCCUCAUAUUUUCUCAUAUUUAAUAUUCUCUUUUUGUCAUAAAAAAAACAGUUAUGUUUAUCAAAAGUUUUACGACUUUAA